AUGCCACUAGCUUCAAUCACCAACAAUCACCACCAUCGGUCCAACUACAACUCCCUACUGCACUCAUCUAAUGACUACAAGGUAUCCAAACCCAAGCUAAAACCUACAGAGAAGACACAAAGUUACAAGUAUGGCCAGUAUCCUUCUAGGAAACGCGUAAAUGACCAUACAUCGCCAACUCCAAUGAGAAAUACACGCAACCAUGACAACAAGGAGAAUUACUUGAGCAAUGGCACGUCGUUGUCUUAUACAACAAUACUGACAACUCCAAGUAAUAAGAAUAAGAAAUCCUCGCAGAUACACACUCACAAAUCAUCAGCUUUGUCAUCAUCAGCAUCGAGCCACAUUUCCUCAUCGCCGUCAUCUCCAUUUGUCGAAUCACCACCACAGCCACCACCACCAGAUGUCAAAAAGUCAUACAUCUCACACGAGCAACAUCAGAGCCCAUUGCUAUUGAACAACUCGCACCAGGAAAUCACUCCCACUGGAAACAGCAUACCUGGCUGCCAAUUUGACGAUUUUGAAAUUGGAAGAGUGUUGGGAAAAGGCAAAUUAGGUAAAGUCUAUUGUGCCAAGCAUAAACCUUCAGGAUACCUUAUUGCCCUUAAAGUCAUGUCGAAGAAGGAUUUAUCAUCAAUGAAACUAGAACGUAAUUUCCGACGAGAAAUUGAAAUCCAAUCGUCGUUAUACCACGUCAACAUAACUCAUUUACAUACUUGGUUCCAUGAUGCCACUAAUGUCUAUCUUGUUCUUGAGUUUAGCUUAUACGGAGAACUAUAUCAACGAUUGCGUAAGUGCAAACGGUUUAACGAUGUUGAGGCGAGUUAUUACAUCUAUCAAGUGACAUUAGCUUUGCGUUAUUUACAUGGCAAAAAGAUUAUUCAUCGUGAUUUGAAGCCCGAGAAUAUCAUGUUGAGUUUAGACAAUGUGGUGAAAUUGAGUGACUUUGGUUGGUCAGUUUACAUGAAACAUCAAGAAGAAGAGGGAGAGGAAGAUAAUGAUGACGAUGAUGAUGAAUAUCAAGACCAUAUAAGCCAUUUACAAAAUACCAACAGCAAGGCCAAUCCCCAGCAAAUGGGCAACAGAAGAAAUACAAUUUGCGGAACUAUGGAUUAUUUACCACCAGAAAUGAUUGAACUGAAACCUCAUGACGAAACAGUUGAUAUAUGGGCAUUGGGAGUGUUGAUUUAUGAAUUUCUUGUUGGUAAACCACCAUUUGAAGAAGUUGAUAAAAAUGCCACUUAUAAACGUAUAGUUAAGGUUGAUUUACGUUUUCCCAAGUAUUUGCCGAAUGGUGGUAGUGCCGGCGGUAGUGGCAAUGAAAAGGAAUCAAAAGGUAAAAAUAGCGAUACUGGUUCUGGCUUGGACUUAGAUGCAAUCGAUUUGAUUAGGCGGUUGUUACGAUAUGAGCCUAGUCAGAGAUUGCAUUUGGAUGAUGUUUUACGUCAUCCCUGGAUCGUCAAACACAAGCCAUACUGGCCAGUGAAGAGAAAAUAA